AAAACACUGAGGAGACAUGGAAGCUGUGAUUGGACUGUUGCUGAUGCUACUCGGAGUCUCUCAUGCACUCCCAGAGUUCACUAAAGUUCCUGUCAACCAGAUUGGCGUCUCAGGAGGCGUGAUCUCAUUUGUGUGCCAGGCGACGGGGAACCCCAAGCCGAGGGUUAGCUGGAUGAAGAAAGGAAAGAAGACACAGAACCAGCGUGUUGAGGUCAUUGAGUUUGAUGAAGGUGCCACCUCCGUACUCAGAAUCCAGCCUCUCCGAGCGCCACGUGAUGAGAGCAUCUAUGAAUGCGUUGCUGAGAACAAUGAAGGCAAUGUCUCUGUCAGUGCUAAUCUGUCAAUCAUCCGAGAGGACCUACUCCCACCAGGCUUCCCUACCAUUGACAUGGGCCCUCAACUCAAAGUGGUGGAGCACAAUCGAACAGCCACUAUGCUCUGUGCUGCCAGUGGCAACCCUGACCCAGAAAUCACCUGGUACAAAGACUUCCUGCCCAUUGACCCCAGUGCAAGUAAUGGGCGGAUAAAACAGCUACCUUCCGUGAGAAGAGUCCCACCCAGAUUCUCCAUUCCACCCACCAACCAAGAGGUGAUGCUAGGCGGCAGUGUCAACCUGACAUGUGUAGCAGUAGGCUCGCCAAUGCCCUUCGUAAAGUGGAUGAUGGGCUCGGAGGAUCUGACCAAGGAAGAUGAGAUGCCAAUAGGACGUAACGUGCUGGAGGUCACCAACGUCCUUAAGUCAGCAGACUACAGCUGUGUGGCCAUGUCCUCUCUGGGCUUAAUAGAAGCCACAGUUCAGAUCACUGUCAAAGCCUUGCCAAAGCCCCCCAACCUCCCUAUUGUGACUGAGACCACAGCCACCAGUGUGACUCUCACCUGGGACUCUGGGAACCUUGAACCUGUCUCCUACUACGUAAUCCAGUACAGAGCCAAGUCCUCAAACAAUGACUUCCAGGAGGUGGAUGGUGUGGCAACAACCCAUUACAGUGUUGGUGGACUAAGGCCCAACUCUGAGUAUGAGUUCCGUGUCUUGGCUGCCAAAACCUUUGGCCGUGGACUUCCCAGCAAUCCUGUGGAGGUGCACACCAGUGAACAGGCCCCCUCCUCGCCACCUCUGCACAUCCAAGCACGCAUGCCGAAUGCCAGCACAAUGCUGGUCCAGUGGGAACCACCAGAGGAACCCAAUGGUCGAAUCAGGGGUUACCGGGUCUACUACAGCUCGGAUCUGACGACUCCACUCAGCGCCUGGCAGAUACAGAUUACAGAGGACAGUAUGACUACCAUCUCAAGCCUGAUUCCUGACAUCACCUACGGCCUCAGGGUGCAGGGCUUCACCUCUGUAGGUGACGGGCCACUUUCCGAUAUGGUGCAAGUCAAAACCCAGCAGGGAGCUCCUGUGUCCUCUGUCCUGCUGGUCUCUGAGUGUCUGUCCCAGGGUGAGACGAGGGUGUCCUGUUCCUCUGAGGGAGGAGACAGUCCUCAGUACAGCUGGACUCUGGAUGGACACACACUGACAGACACUCAGCUCCUCUCUGGAAACAAUGAGACUAACAACAUCACUCUGAAACCAGACGUCUCAGGACAACUGGUCUGCUCAGUCAGGAAUCACAUCAGUAGUGUCUCAAAAGAAGCGAGGAAAUGCCUUUUCAUCAACUGCACCUUAACUAAUGGGACAAACAUAUCAGAGUGGGUGCUUGAAGCCAGUGACAUACAGUGCAAUCAGCCAACCACGAGUAAAGACACUACUGUGGGUGUGGAAACCUACUGUGAUGGCAGAAAGAAUAAUGGAGCUCAGUGUUAUGGAGCUUUUGGAGGAACUGUGGUCCUCCAGCUGAUGGACAGUGCCUCAGAAAUAUUUAGAUACGAAUGGUUAAAGAACAAAACACUAAUACUCAGAGGGGGUAAGAACAGGGCAGUGUUUGUUCUGAAAACAGACAGAUCUUCAUUUACUCCCACUGAUGGAACAUUUAGGAUCAACAACCUGAGCAGGACUGAUGGAGGUGAAUAUACUCUCAUGAUCUCUGAUUCAAAUGGACGCACAUCAGAGCCACAGACUCUACAGUUGAUCAUUCAAGCUCCUGUGUCCUCUGUCCUGCUAGUCUCUGAGUGUCUGUCCCAGGGAGAGACGAGGGUGUCCUGUUCCUCUGAGGGAGGAGACAGUCCUCAGUACAGCUGGACUCUGGAUGGACACACACUGACAGACACUCAGCUCCUCUCUGGAAAUAAUGAGACUAACAACAUCACUCUGAAACCAGACGUCUCAGGACAACUGGUCUGCUCAGUCAGGAAUCACAUCAGUAGUGUCUCAAAAGAAGCGAGGAAAUGCCUUUUCAUCAACUGCACCUUAACUAAUGGGACAAACAUAUCAGAGUGGGUGCUUGAAGCCAGUGACAUCCAGUGUAUUGAGCCAACCACGAGUAAAGACACUACUGUGGGUGUGGAAACCUACUGUGAUGGCAGAAAGAAUAAUGGAGCUCAGUGUUAUGGAGCUUUGGGAGGAACUGUGGUCCUCCAGCUGAUGGACAGUGCCUCAGAAAUAUUUAGAUACGAAUGGUUAAAGAACAAAACAUCAAUACUCAGAGGGGGUAAGAACAGGGCAGUGUUUAUUCUGAUACCAGACAGAUCUUCAUUUACUCCCACUGAUGGAACAUUUAGGAUCAACAACCUGAGCAGGACUGAUGGAGGUGAAUAUACUCUCAUGAUCUCUGAUUCAAAUGGAAGCAUAUCAGUGCCACAGACUCUACAGUUGAUCAUUCAAGCUCCUGUGUCCUCUGUCCUGCUGGUCUCUGAGUGUCUGUCCCAGGGAGAGACGAGGGUGUCCUGUUCCUCUGAGGGAGGAGACAGUCCUCAGUACAGCUGGACUCUGGAUGGACACACACUGACAGACACUCAGCUCCUCUCUGGAAAUAAUGAGACUAACAACAUCACUCUGAAACCAGACGUCUCAGGACAACUGGUCUGCUCAGUCAGGAAUCACAUCAGUAGUGUCUCAAAAGAAGCGAGGAAAUGCCUUUUCAUCAACUGCACCUUAACUAAUGGGACAAACAUAUCAGAGUGGGUGCUUGAAGCCAGUGACAUACAGUGUAUUGAGCCAACCACGAGUAAAGACACUACUGUGGGUAAGGAGACUGGCAUCCCGGUGUCAAUUAAACCCCCCACUAAUAUUUCAUCCUCCAAUCAAACUGUGACUUCUUCCAGCACAGAUGACCAAUGGUACAUUACAAACUGGCCUAUUCUGGCCGGCGUACUCUCUGCACUGAUAAUUCUGCUUGUGGUCGGGGUGGCAGUUGUCUCUGUUCAUAUGAAAAAGCAAAACAACAAACCUAAAGAACAAGAGGAUGAUCAGGAGCUAACGUAUGCUGAUGUCAGGAUCAUGCAGCGGCAGGGGAGGCAGACGCAGCAGAGGGCAGAGGUUGAGGUGGAGUACGGCCAAGUCAAGUUUUCAGAGCGACCUCGGCAGGCUGUCGAACCAACAGCAGAUGAUUGUGUGUACUCCCAGGUCCGUAAAGGCAGGUGAUUCAGAGUGCUCAGAGUUUUUAUUACAAAGACUGAAUCCAUGAAGGCAGACGGAGGAGAUGUCUUUAGAUGCUUAAAGGUCUUUCACCCUAAUUUAUUAUCAUUUCCAAUAGGAAAAAUAUAAGCCAUCAGAGCUCAUAGAUAUUAUUUGUCAUCACCUUUACUAUACUAAUGAUGACUGGACAUCAAAGCAUCUGUUUCAUCUGUCUAUAUAAAAACAAUUAUACUACAAUUUUUUCCCUCUCUUUUUAUCUUUAUGUUGUACUUCCUUGUUUAACUGAUUUAUGAGUCUAUUUACUUUUAUUUCAUUGUUUAAACCCUGUAAACUUGCAAUAAUGAUAUAACAUGAUUUUAAGAAUAACUUUACAGUAUAUCUUUACAGUAUAUUUAGUUUUAUUACUCUACGUUGACUGGCAGACAUAAACAGUUCAGUGGUCUGAAAAAGUGGCAUACAUUUAUUUUGGUCCAUCAUCUGUCUGCGCACGUCAUCUAAAAUGGCUAUUUAGGUAAUAAAGUUUGCAUACUUAAAUCCAGAUUAUUAUUUAUUAAACAGAUGUGGAUGGAUGAGUUGAGGGUCAGAGUAUAUAAAAAAAUAAACUAGUCUGCUCUUGCUCUGGUAGAUUUAUUAAAGGUUAGAUGCAAUGAGUGGGAGUUAAUCUCAUAUUCAGCCGGGCUGCCCGUCUUUGGUUCUCUAACCCAAAAUUACGUUGGUAGACAAAUUUCUUGCAGGAAGUUCACAGUGUGCACGAAUGUGUUUCCAUGAUGUAAACACUUCUGCUUUUUCUCAGGCAAAAGCUCUCAGUGUUACAAAACGGUGUGAUCUUUUAAGAUAAUUUAUCCCAGGGUGUUAAAAUGCAAAAAUUAUAAAAGGUCUAAAGGUCUUUAAUGCAAUGAUAAAAAUGACUUUGUUUUAAUUGUGCUGCAUACUCUCAUAUAAAAGUUAGUUGGGGAAUUAGUAUUAGUACUAUUUCAGUAUAUGUAGACAUAACCUACACUUCCACUGUUUCUUAAGCGAGUUAGCGGCGCAGGAGGAACACAUUUGUGUGUUGUUCUCUUCCUUUUUCUCCUUAACUGAAACAAGCGGAGGAACUGAGAGGGACAAACUUAGAGUUCUUGUCGAAUGUAGUAAGGUGGUGUGGUUCGAGAGGAAAGGGUUUUAGCAGUAUUUCAGAUUGUGAGCAAGAGAUGUGUUUAUCUUUUAACACCAUCAAGUUUGCUAUAUUUAGUCUGAUGUGUUUCCUAUGACUUUGUGGCUUCUAGUUCAGAAUGUUCCUGCCACAAAAGAAGCAUAGAUUAUUGCUACUCAGCUGUACAUUUGACACUUGUGAUCUUUUAAUAAUUUAAAAAUUUUAGUAAUUUCAAGCUCCAACUUCCAAGUCUGAAGGAGAAACCUAUCUAUAUUGUGGGUAUUUAUGCAAAUUAUUUUGGCAAAAUGGAAAGUCAGUUGAACACGUGCUACUGAUUCGUGAUCUAAUAUUAACCAGCUAGGUUCAUUAUUAGAAAUUCUGUUUUUACCUAUCAUGAAAUAGUACUAUAUGCAACUGAGGACUAGAUCAAGUAGAUCAGUACUAUAAUUUAUAUCCACUGUUCUGCCAUUAGCAGGUGAACAAGGGCUAAAUGGUCAAACACAGCGCACAUUCAAUGACUGGAUGAAAGCGUGUUCAGGAUAAUUUGCACAUCCAAAAUUCAAUCAAUUAUCAUAAGAACAUAAGAGAGAAAAUUCUUCUUAGCAUAAUUCUCUUUUCCAAUCACAUAAAACAGCAGCCCAGCACAGUGUUACAUUUUAACUGACUUAAAUCAGCCAGUCAAACUAAUAAGAAAGUGGAAGCACCACAGAUCAGAUUCAUAUAAAUUGCUCUAUUGACUUAUCUAAAUAUCCCUCACUCUUGGUUCCUUUUCUAAUAGACACAAUCUUUUUUUUUAAGUUAACCUUUGUGCAGUUUACAUGCUCCAACCCACAAGAGGGUGUGCUCGACAGCACAGGCGACAGCGAUAAACAACAAGCACAGAAACAAAUACUGAAAGGCAUGAACUAGAGAAUGAAGUCUUUUGCGUUAUUUCAGCUCUUACACAGAGGAAUGUACAAAGCCACUCAUAGUGAACAUUUUGUAAAAAUAUAUUUUAAUUUAGUCAAACCUGUAAUCAGAUGCAUGUCUGUCAACAACCUUUUGGUAUGUGGAGUGGGUUAGUUCAAACCUUUGAUCCUCAGGCAGAGCACCCUUCUUUUCUCUGCCUAUGCCAUACCACCAUCUGAAACACCUGUUUGUAUAAAAUAAUGCGAUUUUUCUAAUUUAUGCUUAAUUUGUGUGGUGCAAUUUUUUUUAAAUGGUUUGUAAUUUUUCAUUUAAGUAAAAUGUAUUUAUUUUUUUCUGAACGUUUUUUUGGAGAUUUUUUUGGAGGUGACAACGUUUGCUUUUAGUUGUAUUCUUGCUGUGGGUUUAAUCAGAAACGGAGGCUACAUGAUUGGUUUGGUUUGAUAGCUUGAGGUUAAAGGUUGACAACCAUGGACAACCAUUCACCUGAUUCCAGAGCCAUAAAAUUGGUGUUUAUGGUUCAUGAUAGUUGUAGUGUCCUUAGGUUUAAACAACUACCUGAUGCCUUAGUUGAACCCUUAGUUGAACUUCUGACUGACAUAAUCUACCGAGCAAAUAAUUGACAACACAGGAGAAGUGUAAUAAAGUCGCUCCAACAAUCCUGUAUCCUUUUGCCAUCUGAUUAGUCAGCUAGUAUUGUGUGCAUAACAUAGGAAAUACAAAUGGAUUAGACUGUUGCAUCUUAGCUCUUUAUAGGUUUGGUUGACCCACAAUAAAACAUCUUUUUUUCCCUCAUAAAAAUCAGGUGAUUUUGUCAUUGUCAUGACAUGUUCAUGUGACGUUACCUUGCCAUGGCAAAAAUAUUUAACUAUAAAACCAAGACUAGUAUUUGGUGCCAUUUAUUCAACGCUGGGCAUGCUUUUAAUGCAGAUGUGCAGAUAUUGUUCAGAUACUCUUGGCAGAGUAGGGAUAACUGUUUAAUCAGUAUUUGUACAGUCCAGCUGCUUACUGUUGGACCUUUGUGAAUGUAAAGAAAUGCAAUGUUGGAAGAUAUUAAUGUUUCUGUGAAAGCACUUGUCAAAAGUCAUGAAUUACAUUAAACUCCUGUGUGUGUG